AAAGGAAAGAAAAAGGGAAGAUCUAUGCUAAUAAGUAAGAUUGAAAGUAAUAUCCAAGCCGGUGAUAACGUGUUGAUGAAACAGGACAAGAAAAACAAACUUUCAACUUUCUUUAAUCCAGAGCCAUUCAGAGUUCUACAGAAAAAUGGGAACAGUGUUUUAGUUGAAGCGGAUACCGGGGUGCAAUAGAAGCGGAACAUUACGCAUCUCAAGAAACUGAUAACACCCGAUGCAGAAGAGAAUGAGGUAAACACUCAAGAGUCAAUAUUGCAGGAGUCUUCGAUAAGUGAACCAAAACUUUUGGAUAGUAGGAGAUUGGGUGAAGAUGAAGGUGGAAGAGUUAUGCCGAGUAGAACAAAAAGAUUACCAGAUAAAUUGAAGGAUUGUGUUGUCGAUUGUAGAUAAGUAUUUAGAUAAUUAUUUGCUUAGCUUAUUAACAUUCAAACAUUAAUAUUUAAUAUUUAUUAGAGACAUUAAUAUUUAACAUUAAUAUUUGAUUAGAGACUUUACUAUAAUCUUUACUUAAAGUGACAUUUAUUGGGUAGUUCCUCGG